AUGGUAAAAACAAGAAAACAAAAAAGACCAAUAACUGAAGAAAUUAAUGAAAUCAAAGAAACAAAUCAAGAGGACGUGGAAAAGGAAGUCGUGGGAGAGGGAAUAGCGGAACAGGGAAUCGCGGAACAGGGAAUCGCGGAAGAGGGAAUCGCGAAACAGGGAAUCGCGAAACAGGGAAUCGCGGAAGAGGGAGCCGUGGAAGAGGGACAAACAAGUGUCGAACCUUCUACUCAAAAUAUUGAACCCAAUGACUCUUAUUCAAAUUAUGAAAAAGAAAUUGAAUCAGUUAACG